AUGAUAAGGGGUGUGAAAAUUAGGUGGUCUGGGCACAGCAAACUCAGCACACUCAGCACAUUCAGAACUCUCUCCACAUCCACCACACACCUCCAAAGCCAGCUGCCGAAUCCCAACGCCGAAAAGGAAGCCAAGAAAGAAGCCUAUCGGCACGACCUCGAUGAGCAAGUGAGGCGACAAGAGGAAGCUGCGAGCAAAGCGCAAGACAGUCAACCCACACUUGCUUACCUCCCUCGAGCAUUAGGGGUAGUAGACAAGCCCUUAUCCAGCGCGAGUGCGACUGAGCAGAGCUGGACACAGCGCAGCAGAAGCUAUUUCUCUGAAACUAAAUUAGAGGAGCGGAGGAGGUUAUUGUUGAAAGAGUCGCGCAAUGCUUAUUAUACGGAUCUCAAACUCAUUCAGCAGCACGGCGGGAAAACGUGGAUGGCACCACCCUCCCUCAUCCAGCAGCAACGUGCACUCUUUUUCCCCGAUAUCAAAGGUACCCUUUUGAGAGACGGAAAGAGUACAAGACAUACUAGCGACCUUCUCCCAGGCAAAAUAUCCCUCGUCGCUAUCAUGAGCACACGUAUCGCCCAGGAACACGCCAAGUCUUGGUCUGAACCUUUCCUCAAGGCGUUUGCAAACACCCCCGCUUUUCAGUAUUUACAGAUCAACUCUCAAAGCAACCCUCUCAAAAGCUGGCUUGUCACACUUUCACUCAACAACCUCCGUCGUAUGGUACCCACCCAGCUGCAGGAUACUUACCUUGUCAGCUCUCAGUCACUUGAGACCGAAAGGGAAUAUCUCGCUUUCGAUAACCAGUACGCAGCUUAUGUUUAUCUAGUCGAUCAGCAAGAGGGAGAUUGA